ACCAACGUCCAAUCAACAUAUGCUGCUGCAAAUGUGUGCUCCAGAUGGGCUUCUUUUGCAAGAGCUUUCAGUGCAAAGCCAAUUGGAAAUGAGGUUAUUGGAAUUGAUUUGGGAACGACCAACUCAUGUGUCGCGGUUAUGGAGGGAAAGAAUGCAAAGGUGAUUGAGAAUUCUGAAGGCGCCAGAACUACACCGUCAGUUGUUGCCUUUUCUCCGAAAGGAGAGCUACUCGUGGGAAUUCCAGCCAAGCGGCAAGCAGUGACCAACCCACAGAACACCUUCUUUGGCACAAAGCGUAUGAUUGGGCGUCGUUUUGAUGACCCACAGACGCAGAAGGAGAUGAACAUGGUACCAUAUAAGAUUGUGAAGGCUCCCAAUGGAGACGCUUGGGUUGAGACCACAGAUGGCAAGCAGUACUCGCCCAGCCAGAUUGGUGGCUUUGUGCUGACCAAGAUGAAGGAGACAGCUGAGUCUUACCUUGGCAAGUCUAUUUCCAAGGCUGUCAUUACCGUUCCAGCUUACUUCAAUGAUGCUCAGAGGCAGGCCACCAAGGAUGCUGGCCGUAUUGCUGGGCUUGAUGUCCAAAGGAUCAUCAAUGAACCAACUGCUGCUGCUCUGUCCUACGGAACAAACAACAAGGAGGGUCUGAUUGCUGUAUUUGACCUUGGAGGAGGAACCUUUGAUGUCUCGAUUCUAGAGAUCUCUAAUGGAGUGUUUGAGGUCAAAGCAACAAACGGUGACACUUUCCUGGGUGGAGAAGACUUUGACAAUACUCUGUUGGACUUCUUAGUGAGGGAGUACAAAAACACUGAAAAUAUUGAUCUGUCAAAGGAUAGAUUGGCCCUGCAGAGACUGCGUGAAGCAGCUGAGAAGGCGAAAAUCGAACUCUCCUCAACUACCCAGACUGAAAUCAAUCUUCCCUUCAUCACUGCUGAUGCCAGUGGAGCAAAACAUCUGAACAUCACACUGACAAGAUCAAAAUUUGAGUCUCUGGUGAACAGUCUGAUUGAGAGGACCAGAGAGCCAUGCAAGAGCUGCUUGAAGGAUGCCGGCAUAACCACCAAGGAUGUUGAUGAGGUCCUUCUCGUCGGUGGAAUGACAAGGGUUCCGAAAGUGCAGGAGAUAGUCUCUGAGAUCUUUGGCAAGGCCCCUAGCAAAGGAGUCAACCCAGAUGAAGCUGUGGCCAUGGGUGCUGCUAUUCAGGGUGGCAUUCUCCGUGGAGAUGUGAAGGAGCUUCUUCUCCUUGAUGUUACCCCGCUGUCACUUGGUAUUGAGACUCUUGGUGGUAUCUUCACCAGACUGAUUUCCAGGAACACUACCAUCCCCACCAAGAAAAGUCAGGUGUUCUCAACCGCCGCUGACAACCAGACGCAAGUGGGCAUCAAAGUGCUGCAAGGCGAGCGCGAGAUGGCAACAGACAACAAGCUCCUGGGCGAGUUUGACCUGGUGGGCAUCCCGCCGGCGCCUAGGGGCACGCCGCAGGUGGAGGUGACGUUCGACAUCGACGCGAACGGCAUCGUGACGGUGUCGGCCAAGGACAAGGCGACGGGCAAGGAGCAGCAGAUCACCAUCCGGUCGUCGGGCGGGCUGUCGGAGGCGGAGAUCCAGAAGAUGGUCCAGGAGGCUGAGGUGCACUCGCACAAGGACCAGGAGCGCAAGGCCCUGAUCGACGUUCGGAACACGGCGGACACCACCAUCUACAGCGUGGAGAAGAGCCUGGGCGAGUACCGGGACAAGGUCCCCGCGGAGGUGGUGUCGGAGAUCGAGGCGGCCGUCGCGGACCUCCGCGCCGAGAUGGCCUCGGACGACGCCGAGAAGAUCAAGGCCAAGAUGGACGCGGCCAACCGGGCCGUGUCCAAGAUCGGGCAGCACAUGUCCGGCGGUGGCGGCGGGGCUGAGGGUGGUGAGCCAGGGUCGCAGCAGGGUGGUGGUGGUGGCGGCGACGAGGCCCCUGAGGCGGAGUACGAGGAGGUGAAGAAGUGAGAGUCUCGACUGCGUUACUUAGUUGUAGAAGAGGCAAUCUUGUGAUGGAUGUUACUCCCUGUUACUUACUACUCAUGAGAUGAGAGGUCAGGCUGCGUUAGGUAGUUUUGUGGUGCUCUGCUGAAGGUGCGUGUGCAUGCUGUAUCUCAUAUAAGUUCCCUGUGUGUUUUGUAAGCUGGUAGACCGGCGAGGACGCAAUGUUACCCAUGACCAUGAGAGAUGAGAGAUGAUUGAUGCCUGGAGGAGGUCGUGGUUGAUGGAUGCUUGUUGAAUGUGAAGCAGCAGCGGCAGCAGCAGCUGUGUUUUGCUCUGUCAGUCCCGUUGGUUGU